UCUCCAGACCCCGCGUCUGACUCCAUCGGCCUCAGGCCAACUCCGACAUGAUCGACCAUGAUCCGGCAUAUAAUCCACGGUGAGUUCAUCCAUCUCCUUCGAAGGCUUGUUGGAGAUCUUCACAGCACCUGCUUGCACUCGAUUUGAAGAAACAUCCGCUGUGUGCGUCUCCGACUUCACAUCUCGCACUUACUCUCCCGUGGGAGGGCAGCGACAUCAGCCAUGGUCCCUCCACUGAUUGCUCUGGAAGAGCAUUUCUUCUCCCAAGCUGUCCUGGCGGGUUCCGCGGAUUCCUACUCAGAACAGCUCAAGCAUAUCCCCGGCUUGAUCGACAAACUCGCCGAUGUAGGCGAUCUCCGUCUGAAGUCCAUGGAUGUCGGGAAGGUGUCGUUGCAGAUUGUCUCCCACGCCCCUGGCACCAUGUCGGCGUCCCAAUGCCGGUCUGCCAACGACCAGCUCGCCGAGGCAGUGAAGAACAACCCAGACCGCUUCGCGGGCUUUGCGGUCCUGCCAGUCUCGCAGCCCGCAGAAUGUGCCGCUGAACUGACCCGCUGCGUCAAGGAGCUCGACUUCGUCGGCGCCCUAAUUGAAAACCACGCUGCGGAUGGCACGUACUUUGAUGGGUCAGCCUAUUUGCCCAUGUUCCAAGCCGCCCAAGACCUCGACGUGCCCAUCUACUUACACCCGACGUGGCCCACCCAGGACCUGAUGUCGCUGCUUUAUACGGGAGACAACAUCCCCCGCGCUGCAUCGAUCUCUCUCUCCUCGUCGGCAUUCGGAUGGCAUUCCGACGUGGCCGUGCACGUGCUGCGCCUUUUCGCGGCGGGCCUGUUCGACCGGCUGCCCCGGCUCAAAAUCAUCAUCGGCCACAUGGGCGAGAUGCUGCCCUUCAUGCUCGAGCGCAUCAUGCAGCUGUCGCCGCGCUGGGGUACGCGCCAGAGGGACUUCAAGACCGUGUGGGACGAGAACAUCUGGAUCACCACGAGCGGCGACUGGAGCGUCAACCCCAUGGCCUGCAUUCUGAAAAACACCAAGCUCGACCACGUGCUGUACAGCGUGGACUAUCCUUUCGCCCGCAACGAGGACGGCUUGAAGUUUAUGGAGGAGCUGGAACAGAGCGGCCUGGUUUCGGUAGAGCAGUUGGAAAUGAUUGCGCACGGGAAUGCAGAGAGGUUGCUGCGUGUUAAGCACAAGAAGCGCUGGGAUUGAGGAAAGAAGCUCGUCCGGGCAACAAAACAUUCCGGAAUUGAUCAUCUACUUCCACAAAGUUACA